AUGGUGUUCGCCCGUCUGACCCAUUACGCUUUUGACGCGGUGCUUGUCUCCGCCUUCCUCGCCGGCGUGAAGCGCUCAACUGGUCUGACCCCCAGCCUCGACUCCGACAAGAUCACCGAGAACAAAGACUUCAAGAAGUGGAUCGACAGCUACCUCGGUGUGGGCGAGUGGGUGAUGGAUCAGAGUGUGUUCGUUUUGGGGUCGUCGGGCUGGUUUGAGCGGAAGCGGUGA